ACAACACUAGGCAGCUGGGGUUCCACAGACUUUCUAAGCUCCUGUUGCCCUUCCUCAAUUUUACACCAUCUGUAAACACGUCACCUACGUACGGAGAGUCUCCUAUGUGUCACACUCGGCUCUCCACACCAAUGUGCAUGUCUGCCCUAGGAGACAGGGAACCUGGGGGUCCAAGAGCUGAGACAACUCGGCCAAGGCCAUGCAGCUCUUGUCUCUGCUCUCCAGAAUCUUCUGGGGAAAGACUUUACAUCAGGAACAGUGACUGUAAUCCCAGCACUUGGAAAGCUGAGGCAGGAGGAGUCCCUCUAGCUUGUGGCUAGCCUUGGCUCCCGAAUGCUACCAUGCCUCAAACUCCCAUCCAGAUACACAUGGUUGUAACCCUAGGCCUGGGAAGCAGAGGCAAGAGGCUCCAAAGUUCAAGGAUAUCUUCAGUUACAUAUUGAGUUUGAGGCCAGCCUGGGCUACAUGAGACUGUGUCUCAGAAAAAAAAAAAAAAAAGGUUCACUGUAACUGAAUAUGGGGUGAUGUUUUAUGACAAAAUUGGGAACAGAAGCCUGGAAGGGAGGGAGGCCUUCCAGAAGAAGAGGUGUGUGGAUACUACCUGAAAGAUAAGGCUGAAUGGACAGUGAGUCAGGCCGGCAAGGUCAGGGCUCACAGAUUCACCCUCUCUCCACAGUCUUCCUGUCUGCUGGCCUAGGGGUACUUGCUCCCCCAGAGACCUACCCCCCACCUGUGACCGGUGCCAGCUGGGAGCCCCAGCUGGGGAUGUCCUUCCCAUCAGGUUCCUGCACCAUGCCCACAGAAGGCCAAGCCAUGGUGGAGCCCACUGGGCAGGGCCCCAAGAACCCACGUGUGUCCGGUGUGAUGGUACAGUUGGAGAUGAAGCCACUGUGGGAAGAAUUCAACCAGCUGGGCACAGAAAUGAUUGUCACCAAAGCGGGCAGGAGGAUGUUCCCCACCUUCCAGGUGAAGAUCUUGGGCAUGGACACAUUGGCUGACUAUGCUCUGCUCAUGGACUUCAUCCCGCUGGAUGACAAGAGAUACAGGUACGCCUUCCACAGUUCUGCCUGGCUGGUGGCCGGCAAGGCCGACCCCGCCACACCUGGCAGAGUGCACUUCCACCCUGACUCGCCAGCCAAGGGUGCCCAGUGGAUGCGUCAGAUCGUGUCCUUCGACAAACUCAAGCUGACCAACAACCUGAUGGAUGACAACGGCCAUAUCAUUCUCAACUCCAUGCACCGGUACCAGCCCCGUUUCCAUGUGGUCUUCGUGGACCCACGCAAGGACAGCGCCCGCUACGCCCAGGAAAACUUCAAGUCCUUUGUUUUCACGGAGACCCAGUUCACAGCUGUGACAGCCUAUCAGAACCACCGGAUCACACAGCUGAAAAUUGCCAGCAACCCCUUUGCCAAAGGCUUCAGAGAGAGUGACACGGACUCAUGGCCUGUGUCCCCAAGGCCGCUGCUCAGCAUCUCAGCCCGGAGUCGUAGCAGUCUCGGUCCUUGCCUGCUUAAGGGUUCUGCAGAACGAGAGAAAGAAGCCAGUAAAAAUUCAGCUUCCAGCUCCAGGACCCCUACCCAGCCGCACCAUCAGCUGCUGCCUGCCUCAGAAGUCCUGCUGGCCCCUGCCACCUACGGGCCCCUCCCUUACCAGGACCUGUACCCUGGAGCCCCUGGCCACGUUGGAAUCCCAAGGGCUCGGCUGGCACCGUACCCUCUCCCCAACAUCGGCACUGAUGGAGAUCAGGAGGACCCAACCCUCCCAGGCAGACUGGGGCUCCUGCCCUCCUCUGCCUUGUGCUUGGGGCCUAGCCAGGGCUCCCAGUGAUGGCCAAGUGCUUUGGAUGCCCUUUUACCCUGUGCCCACCUCUCCUACCCUCCUCUCUAGAGACAUCUUCCACGGAGAGCAGGGCAACUGUAAGCCCUGAUGGCAGCGGUUCCUGCCUCAAAGCCAGUCUGGAGCCUGCCAGUCUUGGAAGCAGGACUCCUACCCAGAAGCCCUGAAUUCUGCCCCCCUGCCUCAAAGAUGACUCCUCUAAAUCCUGCUUCGAUUGUCCUUCCCCCCGCAUUAAA